AGCGGCGGCGUGUCCCCCCCGCGUCCCCGGCAGUGCGGGGACUGUUUUGGGGUGAAGCUGGACCUGGAACCCGCGCUGUUCGCAUUGAUAGUUAUUAGAAAUUGAUCCGUGUUCUGCCUUUGUUCAGUUCAAUCAUUGAUCGGCGGUGGAGCGACCGCGGAGCAGCGCAGGCUCAGUGCUAGCCUCACCGAUCUGGGAUCAGCACCGCGGACAGAGCCUCUGUCUACAGCCUCCCGGCUUCCGGCUCUUUAUGGUCGCAGAUCAGCUCCGCCGGAAACUUUUACCGCGCCUCCGAACCGCUGCUUGGACUCCGAACUUUUGGGUUUUCCCCGCAGCUUUAAUGAUUGAAGCGGCUCGUCUCCACGGCCGCCGCUACUGCGUCUCAGCCGGACUUUCCUCUGACCGCGUCUCGGAGCCAACUGCACGAUGGGAAGUUUUUUUGUGUUGAUGAAAGUUUAUUUUGUGUUCCGGGACGGCUGAUUAAGAGCAGCGGAUGCUUUGUGAUUCUGACCUGCUGGACUGUUGGCAGCAAUGUUAGAUAAUGUGGAGGAUGUGGCAGAGGGAGCUAAACUCUGUGGCGUCUGAGCUGGCUGGUCGACAAGAGGAGAGCGAACAUUCCCACAAGCACCUGGUAGAGCUGAGCAGGGAGUUCAAGAGAAAUGUCCCUGAGGAAGUCCGGGAGAUGGUGGCACCUGUUCUCAAGAGCUUCCAGGCCCAGGUGGUUGCUCUGAAUAAGCGCAGUAAGGAGGCAGAGUCUGCGUUCCUGGGAAUCUACAAACAGCUUAUCGAGGCCCCGGAUCCUGCUCCUGUGCUGGAGGCCUCUCACUCUCUGAAGGAAAGGCUGCAGCAGCUUCAAAGCUCGGCCCCGGACAGCGAGGCCGUGGUACGAGAGAUCAGCGGGCACUGGAAGAAACACCUGGAGUGCCUUGAAAAGAAAGAGUCCACAGCAGACAGUCCAGCUGGGACAGAGGAGGCCCCUGAAUCCAGCCCUCCGGUCUCCCUGAUGACCCCUAACAGCACAUCGGCCCCUGGGGCCCCAAGUUCCCCACAACAGGACCAUCAGGGGCCAGCAGAGGACCAACGGGAGGAGGAGGAGGAGGAGGAAGCCGCUGAUGUUAGUUUGGUUGACAGACUAUCAGAGGCCAAGGAGAAGAUCAAAGUUCUGCAUUCAUCUUUGAAUUCUGCACAGACAGAGCUGCUGGACCUACGGUCUAAAUACAACCAGGAGAUGGCGAAAAAGACAGCGGAAGUUGACAGCAUCAUGGCUAAUCUAGAGAAAGCAAACCAGGAGAAGAGUGAGAGAGGUGACGUGUUGCCUGCCCAGCUGGAGGCCGCCUUGUUGGCCAAAGACCGUGAAAUCCUUCGUCUUCUAGAAAACAUUCAGAGGCUUCAGUUCACACUGCAGGAGGUUCAGGAAUCCUCAGCCAAUCAGAUUCUAGAGUUAGAGCGCCAGCUGGCCUAUAAAACAGAGACGAUACAGAGAUUAGAGGCUAAACUACAUUCUCAGUUGGAUUAUGAAGAGAUUAAAACUGAACUCAGUAUCCUAAAAGUUAUGAAGAUGGCUUCAACAAAUGGCAACUUAUCACAGGAUUCUGCAAAAGCUGCAGAGACUCUGUUGCUGAAUAAAGAGGCCUUUCUUCCAUCUCACAAGUGCUUAGGAGAUAAGAGCCGACUCGUGCACAGCAACGAUGAUGACCACUCUGAGGAUCCAGUCAGGGAGACGGUCAGACCUCCUGGAUCCCAUUCAUCUUCCUCUCGGGCAGACAGUCAUGCCUCACCAAGCCCGGGUCCCCCCGUCCUGGAUGGCUCCACCUUCAGCCACGAUCUCCCCCGUCCCUUUUCUGCAUCACCAAGCUCUGGAGACCGCCUGUCAGGGGACCACGUCCUUCACAAGCAGCUCCUGUCCCCACACUUUAAAAAGGAAAGCCUCAUGGCGUUCCCCACCGCCCUCUAUGCAGCCAAAGUUGCGCUCCUGUCAACCUCUCAAGGCUCUGUGGGAGCUUGUGCCGUGGACGCCGGCCUGCCGAGUGACCAGUCAGAAAGCGGCAGCUCAACUGCAGGAGAGGAGGACCAACUGGACACGGGAGAGAUCGCCUUCCAGGUGAAAGAGCAGCUGCUGAAGCACAACAUUGGCCAGCGAGUGUUUGGCCACUACGUUCUGGGCCUCUCCCAGGGCUCUGUGAGUGAAAUCCUGGCCAGACCCAAACCGUGGAGAAAGCUGACCGUGAAAGGCAAAGAGCCUUUUAUAAAGAUGAAGCAGUUCCUCUCAGAUGAACAGAACAUCCUGGCUCUUAGGACCAUCCAGGUUCGACAGAGGGGGAGCAUCACUCCACGCAUCCGAACUCCUGAAACUGGGUCAGACGACGCCAUUAGAAAUAUCCUAGAGCAGGCCAAGAAGGAGAUCCAGUCCCAGAGGGGCGGUGAUGGAAAGGCAUCUCUAAAUAGCUCGUCUGGCAGAAGCAGCAAUGGCACGGGCAGCAGCUCUGAUGAAACCAUAAAGAACAUACUAGAACAGGCCCGGAGAGAGAUGGAAGCUCAGCAGCACGCUCUGAUGGAGAUGGAGGCCUGUGGAAGGUCCUCCACUAACAGCUCAGGAGCUCAGGUUGAACGUCUGGGGCCCCCGGAGCGCUCCAGGGCCCUCUCUCUGCCCAUCUCCAUCAAACAAGAGGAGGGGGGCUGCGUUACAGUGUGCAUGGCCAACUCCAUCAGCAGCCCUCAGACCCCGCUCAGCGUCCUCUCCCCGGCUGCUUUCGUCCAGAACAUAAUUCGCAAAGUGAAAUCGGAAAUUGGUGAAGCGGGGACCUACUUCGAUCAGCACUGGUCUCAGGAGCGGGGGUCCAUGGUGCUUGGGGGUGGAGGAGGCUCCCGGCCCUUUAGUUCAGUCUCACCCUCCUUGUCUUCCUCCUCCUCUGGGCCCUCUGGCCUGCCGCGGUCAUGGCCACGUCUGGAGAACGGUGAUUGCCUUCUCAACAGCGAGGAGGCCUCAAAUGCGGAGGAUGACCUGGGCCGACCUGUGGAGGUGAAGGUCGAGUCUGACACCUCGGUGAGUGGUGAGUCUCCGGGACCGGGCUCGGGACGCCUCUCCUAUUACCCGGCUUACAUUCCCCGUGCCCUAAAGCCUACCGUGCCCCCCCUGACCCCAGAGCAGUAUGAGAUGUACAUGUACCGAGAGGUGGACACCAUAGAGCUGACCAGGCAGGUGAAGGAGAAGCUGGCCAAGAACGGCAUCUGUCAGAGGAUCUUUGGUGAGAAGGUGCUUGGACUGUCUCAGGGCAGCGUCAGUGACAUGUUGUCACGGCCAAAACCCUGGAGCAAGCUGACUCAGAAAGGCAGGGAGCCCUUCAUCCGCAUGCAGCUGUGGCUACUGGAUCAACUCGGUCAAACCCUCAACCAACCCCCCAGCCAGGGCCUGACUCAGGAUAAAAGCCCAGUGACAGCCCAGUCUUCGCCCUCCCCACCCCCUAGUCCAGCUGAGAGUCACCCCAGUCCACUGGUGGAGACCGUCAGUGUCUCCCUAGAGAGCAGCAAAGAGAACCAGCAGCCUGAAAGCCUUGGAGCGGGAAUGACCAGCCGCCUGGAAGGAGAAAAGUCCGCUCCAAGUCUCAUGACCCUGCAUCAGCCCACCAACCCUCUGGGCAUCCAGGAACUGGUGGCCAUGUCUCCAGAGCUGGACACCUAUGUCAUCACUAAGAAGGUCAAGGAGGUGCUAACGGAUAACAACCUUGGCCAACGUCUCUUUGGAGAAACCAUCCUGGGUCUGACUCAAGGUUCAGUAUCAGACUUGCUCUCCAGGCCCAAACCUUGGCACAAACUCAGCCUGAAGGGCCGGGAGCCUUUUGUCCGCAUGCAGCUUUGGCUCAACGAUCCUCACAAUGUAGACAAGCUGAGGACCAUGAAGAAGAUGGAGAAAAAAGCGUACCUGAAGAGGCGGUACGGACUGCUGAGCACCGGCUCCGACAGUGACUCGCCCAGCACUCGCUCUGCGUGUGUGAGUCCUGCCCUGACCUCGCUGGACCUGUGCCCGUUCAGCCAGGCGAAGAAGCCCCGGGUGGUGCUGGGAGCUGAGGAGAAGGAAGCCCUGAGGAAGGCCUACCUGCAAGAGCCCUACCCCUCUCAGAACACCAUUGAGAUGCUGGCAUCACAGCUCAACCUCAAAACCAACACCGUCAUCAACUGGUUCCACAACUACAGGUCCAGGAUGCGGCGGGAGGUGCUGCUGGAGGGUCUUCCAGACAACGACACAGACGCUGAACAUCACAGCUACUCCCCCUCGGUGACUCGGAGUCCCCAUUCUGAGGGAGAGGACGGGAGGCUUCAGCAGCCCCCAAGACACGUCAACUCCAGCACCAACACCACUCAGCCUCACGUGAAACAGGAGGCAACGGGCAGGGAGGACGAUGGGUCGGAGGGCAGGGAGGUUUCUGCAAAACAAUCAGAUGUUCAGUGUUUCCCCACAGCUGUACCGUUCCUCCCUUUGAAAGGUGAGCACGAAGACUCGGUCACAAGCUGCCGCGAGUCCCACCCGGCCGGCCAGAGCCUGAUGCAGGAUGAGCGGGUGAGUAGCCAGGUUCAGGGACUCUACCCUGGCACAGGCUCCAUGGAUGGUCCUCAGCGAGCCAGCCAGUCCAGGCGUGAAGGUGAGGAGUCUGGAACAUCGCCUGUGGACCCAGUCAGCUUCAAGUCGUCGUCAGAGCCAUGUCGUAGCAGCCUAGAGGUGUCCCUCAACUCCCCCUCCGCUGCUUCGUCACCUGGUCUCAUGAUGUCAGUCUCACCUGUUCCAUCUUCCUCUGCUCCCAUCUCUCCCUCACUGCCCAAUCCUUCAACCAGCACCAAUCACAGCCUGGAUUCGAACCUUCUGCCUCCCUUCCAAAGCCCUAAGCUCAACAGAAACACUCAGAGACGUAAUGAGAAAAUGGCCAACCUCAAUAACAUCAUCCACCGGCUAGAGAGAGCAGCUAACCGAGAAGAAACUCUGGAAUGGGAGUUUUAAGUCCUCUUUUCCUGUGUUUGGUGCGGACGACCUUCAUUUUACACAGGAAGUCCAGAUAGACGCUUCCUACAGAGACGUGGCUACCGACGGCACGUCCACCCAGACUCACGGGAAAUGGGAAAUAAGAUUUAGAUGUAAAUCUGAAUUUCCUACAAUAAUUUAAGAAUUGAGAAAAUUUAUAAAAAUGUAUUAGUUUAGUUUUGUUUUUUUGAUAAUGCAUACUCCUUUGAAAACAAUGUGACGGCGCUAGCUGUUGUGUGACCUAUUGGACUUGAUGUGAAGACUUUUGCAGCUAAUGGUGUCAUAAAAUGUACACUGAAGUUCUGAAGAUUGCCACUUGGUGAGAUUAAAAAAGACCUCUGUCUUAAGCCAUUAAAAGCACUAUUAUUAUUUGAAAAGGGACAUUGACCAAAUUUGCUACUUUUUGAAUAGCAGUUUUUCAAAUUUUGUCUGUCAGACUGGACAGUUUAAGUCAAGUAACAUGAAAUCCAAUUAUUGACUGAGGGAUAGUCCUUUAAGACUCUAAAUAUUCAACAUCCGGUGUGUACUUAGUUUCUUGGUGAUAUGUUUUGAACUAUUUGUAAGUCACACGUAUAAAAUGUGGUUGUACAUGUUGUAGGAUUGUCUGCAAUAGCCUUCUCUGAGAUCUGAUGUAGCAUGGUACUCACCUGACCCUUUUAUUCCCUGUAGCUAGUCACCUGUGAAUAUACUUGAGCAAAAACAAACAAAAAGGGGCGAACAACAAAAAGUUGGUAAGCCUGCAAAAAAAGAAGGGGAAAAAAGAUCUUGUUAAAGCUAACACUAAAGUAUGUUAGGUGUUUAUUUUUAUUUAUUUAUGAUUCUUAAGGUUUACAGUUUAGUGCCCCUGUGCUUUUGCUAGGAAGUGAAACAGUCACUUCACCUGAGCACAGUUUACACGGUUUCUUUCAGAUUGACCUCUCUGACCCUCUAAGGCACUGCUCUUCAGGCCGAGACACAGGACACCUGUUUUACCUCAGACUAGGUUCGUGCACAUCACGCUAUGACCGCGCAUUUCAUGAACAUAAACAUGACCGAUGCUAAUUUGAAUGGACGGGGUGAAAGUGGCCUGCGUCGCGCCUCCGGUGGGACCCGACUCGUAGGAGACGGGACACAAAGCAGAGCGACUGAUUUGGCUCUUUAUCGAAAACGUGGAGGAAGCGUUCCCUUUUGUAUGGAUGUGUGGCGAUCCUCCCAGGUAACACCUGACCUGAUUCGUGAAAUAAAUCUACUAUUGUUGCUAAAAAAUGACAAACUUCACUUGACUAAAGGAAAAAACUCCGUUCUGAAACACUGAAAUGUGCUUUAGCUGGACUUUCAGUGCCGCUGAAGUGGUGUACAUUGAUCUACUUUGGGACUGAAGCUCAAUCCAUUUAAAAGCAUGAUGCCUACAGUAUGACCUCAUCAACCUGAAGACAUUUAUUUUGUAGUUACAUUAUAUUAAAGACCACCCCCUCAUAUGACCUUUGACCACUCGUGUAUUGUGUCUGUAGCAGUUUCUUUGUCAUGCUUGCAAGAUGUUCUUUAUGUAUUUUGCCUCUAUUUGAAACUCUGAACAGUUAACUAGAUAUUCAAUACCUCGUGUAUGAAGUACGUACAGCACUUAGAUUUUGAUAAUUGUGAGGACUCGAGAAAAAUUCAAAUAUCAACAUUAUCCUUCCUUAGUGUCCACAAGUCUUUGCCUUCACUGUAUUGCUGAAUUUGGUAGUUAACUCUUGCACAUGUCUACAUAGGUCAGAGAACUUGGAUUGUAUUAUGUAGAGGUAUAUAUUACACAAUUAUAAAGAAUAAUAUCCUACAUUCUUGGGACAAAACGUGCUGAAAAUAUUAAAAUAAAAAUAGAGUGUACAGAUUUAAUAAACCAGACCCAUUCGAAGCCAGUUGUUGUCUGGCAGGCUUGCCCAUGGGUUUAGACCUUUCUCUCAGGGUAGUCGUGCUUUUUAAAGCUUUAUUGAAACAAUUGCUCAUGCCAGUGAUGGCGGUGAUUACAAUAAACACUUGAUGUAGGGAACGACUAUGUUAUAACCGUUUAGUAAAUAAUCACGAGGAAGUUGGAUGGUUAUGAGCAUUUCAGCGGUCACGUAGAACAGUGGUUUGAUGCAGUUUUGUAAUUCAUCACAGAUGCGUGUAGACUGGAGUUGCCUGGAAGAGGAGGAUGGGUAUUUUUAAUCUGUAAACUUGCUCUCUAAAACACUGUUUAGUUCACUACUGGAGCUACAGAUUCUUUACAGCUAGCGUUCUUACCACCAUAUUUUGUGCAUAAUAUGCUGUAUGAUUUGAAGUGGCAUUUCUUAUGUGAAAACUUCAUUGUCUUUUAUAGUAAUAGAUACCUGACUGAAAAAGAAAUGUAUUUACCUUGACCAUCAUCUUCUCAUGUAAAGCUCAUUUAAUUGUUUUGCAUGCAAGUCAUUCUGGUCUCAUGACAAGGUGAUGGACUGUUUUUUGUGUUAUUGUUUUUGAACAGGAACAUUGAUUCAGCACUUAAGGUCUUUUUACAACUGUGAAGUCCAUGCAUGGUGCAGCUGAUAAUUAUGGCUCUUGCAAAGUCAUUGCAGUUCUUUGAAAACCGGAAGUUAACGAUGACCUUUUAAAGAUGGCUUCCAGUUUACUAUUUAAACCCAAAUAAUUUUGUGCCAUAUCAUAUGCCUCAUGCAUUUUCCUCACAGAUAUGUUUAGUGGUGAAGUGUGAUCAUAGAGGUGUGGGACUUUUUGUAUCUCAGUUCAGAAAAAGCUAAGCUUUUUUAUAUUGUUACAAGAGCUAUACACAUAAAAUGGGUUUAACAAUUGACAUUGGUCACUAAAUUAUGAUGGAGGUAGUCAGCGGAAUUUGAAUAGGGCGAUUGGGACUGUGACGACAUUUACACGCUGGGUGUGGGAGGUUACCUAAAGGAGAAAACGUCUUUUGAAAGUCAGCGGAGAGCAAAUAAAGAAGUGACUUGCAGGCUGAAAUUACUGUAAUGCCUCACGUGUUAGGCUGUCAAAUGUUAACGAGUGAACAAUGGUAUGUCAAGCCUCUGGGAAAUAAAAUUACCUAUGUAAGCCAUCAGUCAGACAUCACUAA